AUGGCUGCCGUUGCAGGUGACAAGGGAAAAUCCGGCCCAGAAAGCUCCACCGAAAAGGCAACCAGCACGAAACCGCGAUCGAAUGAUGUGGCGAGUGACAAAAGUGAACCAAAGAACUGGUGGUGGUUGAUGUUUGGUGUGAUUCUUCUGCUAACGGUUGGCACCCGGUUCUACAAUGUUACCGUGCCGGACCACGUGUGCUGGGACGAAACGCACUUCGGCAAGAUGGGCAGCUGGUACAUCAACCGGACGUUCUUCUUCGACGUGCAUCCGCCACUGGGCAAGAUGCUGAUCGGCCUGUCCGGAUAUCUGACCGGCUACGAUGGCACUUAUCCGUUUGAUAAGCCUGGCGAUAAGUAUAACGGCACGCACUACGAGGGAAUGCGAAUAUUCUGCACAGCCCUUGGGGCAGCGAUUGUGCCGAUGUCCUUCCACACCGUCUGGGACAUGACGCGCUCACUGACGGCAUCCACGUUCGCAGCCGCUUACAUCCUGUUCGACAUCGGUAUGCUCAUCCUGAACCGAUACAUCCUACUCGAUCCACCGCUCAUCUUCUUCAUGACCGCAUCCGUUAUGGGAAUGGCACGUGUUUCGCGCCUAACGCAAGAGGCGCGCAGUUUCACAACCACGUGGUGGGUCUGGUUGGCUCUCACCGGGGCAAUGUUGGCCUGCACGAUCAGUGUAAAGUUUGUGGGACUGUUCGUGGUGUUGCUGGUGGGUUUGCAUACGGCCAGUGAUCUAUGGGACGUACUCGGUGACUUGUCUCAACCCGUCUCACACACGGUCCGGCAGUUGGUGGCUCGUGCUCUCACACUUAUCGUGUUACCGAUUGUGUUGUAUGCUGGCUUCUUUUACAUACACCUGGCGGUGUUAAACCGCAGUGGCAGCGGUGAUGGGUUCUACAGCUCGGGCUUCCAGUCCAAUCUGGUCGGUAAUUCACUGUACAACGUGUCGAUGCCUCGGCAGGUGGCGUACGGUGCAGUUGUGACGCUAAAGAACCACAAAACGGGUGGAGGUUAUCUGCACUCGCACAACCACCUGUACCCGAAGGGAUUCGGUGCUCGCCAGCAGCAGGUCACGACGUACAGCCACAAGGAUGACAACAAUCGGUGGUUGUUGAAGCCUCAUGAUAAGCAGGCCCACGAGAACAUCACGCUGAUCCGGCAUGGGGAUCUCGUUCGAUUGGAACAUGUACCGACUAAGCGAAACCUACACUCGCAUCGUGAACAAGCGCCUGUGACGAAAAAACAUUUGCAAGUGACGUGCUAUGGCGAGGAAGGCCAGGGCGAUACAAACGACGUGUGGCUGGUGCAAAUCGUCGGUGGAAAACCAGGCCAGCUGGUGGAAACCGUCACCAGCCGGCUCAUCUUCUACCACUACAUCGAACGGUGCGUCCUGACGACCUCGAGCAAGCAGCUGCCCAAAUGGGGCUUCGAGCAGCAGGAGGUGUCCUGCAAUCCGAACAUCCGCGACAAAGCCGCCCAGUGGAACGUGGAGGACAAUCAGUUUGACAAAUUGCCGAGCGUUAACUUUCAGGUUUACGCACCUGGCUUCAUUAGCCGGUUCUUCGAAUCCCACGCCGUCAUGCUGCAGGGCAACGCCGGGCUAAAACCAAAGGAAGGCGAAGUCACCAGCCGACCGUGGCAGUGGCCCAUCAACUAUCGGGGUCAGUUCUUCUCCGGUUCCGACCAUCGCGUUUAUUUAUUGGGCAACCCAAUCAUCUGGUGGAGCAAUUUGGUAUUUUUAGCGCUCUUUUUAAUCAUCUUCGGCGUGGAGAUUAUCAGAUAUCAACGCAACUCCUCGACCGCCGUCGGUCCGGCGCCGGUUCCUUCCACGGAAAAUGCCGCCAAAUGGCAACUGCUGCGAGCCGCCCUGUGGCUAUUCGGAGGCUGGAUGAUUCACUACCUGCCGUUCUACGCGAUGGGCCGUGUCCUGUACUUCCAUCACUACUUUCCGGCGCUCGUUUUCAACUCCAUGCUUGCGGGUGUAAUGCUCGAUUACAUCACCGCUCGGUUGCCAGCCUGGUUGCGCCAUGCUUGCCUCGGAUCGGCGAUGGCUGGGUUGGUGUACAGCUUCGUCCUGUUUUCUCCACUCGCGUACGAAAUGAGCGGCCCGUUCAGCCACGAACCCAACUCAACGCUAGCCUCGCUCAAGUGGAUGAGUAGUUGGGAGUUUUGAGGUGUAAUUUGCACCCCAUCAUUUAAACGUGUAACGUCAACGAUGAGAUUCCGGCCAAUUCAAACGCGCACCGUUUCAAAAUACUCGCUAUUGCAUUAAGAAAAUCCCACGUCUUGCCACCGU